AUGACGCCCACGAAGCAAUCACACAAGCGUAAAAAUGUUACAACGGCCUGCUUAGCCUGUCGCGAGAGUAAAAUCAAGUGCGACGGGACCAAACCCAUUUGCUCACACUGCAAGAUUAAAGGUAAAUCAUGCCAUUACCAGCUGGGAGUUGAUAAGCGAAAGCUUUCGCUACGGCUUGCAGUUGAUCUUCUGGUGAAUCGAGUGGGGCAACUAUGCCAAUUCAUCAAUGACCAGGGGUUUCAACCGCCGAAAAUGCCUGACGAGGACGACUCUGCUUUACGGCAUUUACUGCACACGCGUGGAAUGGAAGAUGUGCAGUCGGCUCUGAAACGAUCCGAGAAUAGCCCCAGGAACACCCCAGACCUGAAGGCUAAUCAGGGCCAACCACCGGACAGCGAAGGGGAGCAACCCUUCGUCGUUCCGAAACCAUCACCUCUUUACCAGCAGCGUCAGACGAUUCCUUGUUCCAAGACUGCAAAACUCCAAUGGGGGUACCAUGCGAGAUCAACGAGUCUCCAUCAAAAACCAAAGACUCGGGCACCGCAGCCUAAUGUGACGCGACUGCCGCUGUCCAUCCAACAGCUACUAAGUAAUGAGCCGAGAUGCCAGCACGAUACUUUUACUAAAGACGACAAUCUCAGUGAUAGUGAAGGUGUAGAGGAGCUAGUGAACCAGUUAUCCGACAGGAUGGGGAGCCUGCAGAUAGGGUCCGAUGGCCAUGUUCGCUACUACGGCCCGACGUCCCACUUUAAUCUGCUAAGGAUGCCCACUCCGGACAAUCUAACUAUCCAUCGUACCGUUCGACAAGACGGGCCUGACGUGUUGGAUCGCCUGGGUGUCAAUAAAGAGAUUCCCGCGGGGUUCGAAGAGCACCUUCUCAACCUCUAUUUUACUUGGCAUAACCCCUUGUUCCAAGUGGUCGAUAGGGAGAUGUACGAAUCAGCGAGGCAACAGUGGCGCACGAACAUAGAGGAAACGCCUUACUACUCUGAGGCCCUAACCAACGCCAUGUGCUGCCUUGGAGCGGCAUUCGAGCCGCGAUACCACCCCGACUUCAUCACCUAUCCUAGAUCGGUUUCCGACUUCUUCGCUGAUCGAGCGAAGGCGCUGCUAGAGAUUGAGCUGGACUCACCUACUCUGGCAACUAUUCAGGCGAUGGUCGUAUUAAGCGCACAUGAUGUUGGAUGCAAGAGAAAUUCCAGAGGGUGGCUCUACAGCGGCAUGGCCAUGCGAUUGGCCUUUGACUUGGGAUUACACAUUGACACGGCCAACUAUGUGACUGAAGGGUCAGUUAAAGCAACUGAGGCGGAGCUUCGCCGCACCGUGUUUUGGGGAACUUACACCGUGGACCAUCUCUGGGGCUUUUUCCUCGGCCGACCAGUCCGUAUCAAUAUGGAGGAUGUCACUGUCGACAAGCCCGGUCGCCAUCAGACGAGAGAGCACGACCGAAAAUGGGUGCCAUACGGUCUUCCGUCUCCACCACCUGCCUGUCUUGCGGCUCCCGUGCCAGACCCUGUAGACCUUCUUAGCCAACAUCGGAUUCAGCUUUGUGAGAUCAUGACUCCUCUGGGCCAUGUCCUUUAUGGAUGCUCCCGGGUCUCAAAACGUAUCCUCCAGGGUUUGAACGAGAACACAACAGACCGACUCCUAAAAUGGAAAGCCAACCUUCCCGAAGUUCUGCAAAUCGAUCUCGACAAUACAGACGGCCCUGUUCUACCUCACAUCAUACUUCUCCACAUGCAAUAUCACCAAACCAUCAUCCACGCCCACCGUCCGUGGAUUUCGAAGCGAUAUAUCCAACCUCAACCGCCACAAGGUCCAGGCCAUGUCCACGCCCGAAAGAUGUGCAUUGAAUCCGCAAUCGCUAUCUCGCAGCUCCUGCAUCUCUACGAAACCCAAUACACCUUCCGUCGCAUGAACGUGCAAGCUGUCUCCAUCACCUGCUCCGCAGCCCUAAUGCUAAUCUUCGCGACGAUAGCAGGCCUCAAACCUGAAGGAGAUCAAGAGAUAUCAGCCUAUCUUAGCGUUUGCUUCCGGGCACUGGAAGAAUUCGGCAUAUCGUGGGAGAGUGCCAAGAGAGCACAGAACUUUCUGAUCAGUCUCCAGCGACGAUGGGAAUCGCGGGUCCGUUCGUAUAAUUCCGCGAAGCGGGCGGCGUCUCAGUCGCAAAGUCGGUCGCACGUACCUAUCGGCGAGGAGGAUGUUCGCGCGUUUGACCCGGCGGGAAGUGGGUUUCCCAUUGAUCCUGAUAUGAUGGUGGAGUUGGAUUGGCUGUGUACGGAGGCCAUGCGGGAUAUGUCUCCUUGA